UCUGUGAUACGGCCACUAGCACCGCCCCUGUUAGUUAAUGCCUUAUUGGAGAAUAUGUUUACCUUCAGUUUGGAAGUUGAAAGUCAGGAAUCAGGAUUUCUUUUUCAUUUCAUUAGAAUUCAUAUGAAAUUGGCCUUCAACGGCUGUUUCCAGAAUCCAACUUUGUUUCAAAUGGAGUAUUGCCUGCAGAGACUGUGAAUCUUUCUCCAGGAAUCUGCCAGUUGCAAUAAAACUUUUAGUGGCAAUACACAAUCAAGAGGGACCUCCCUUCUGGGAAUAUUUCGUUUUGUGCAAGACGGUGAAGACACCCAUUUGGCCAGUGGUGGCUCAUUCAUCUAUCGGAACUAAUAAAUCUGCAUUUUCCUAUAUAUAUGAACAUGAUUAAGUUAGGAUUUAUCUUAUCCAUUACUGCAGUUGUCACUUUGAACUUGGAACUGUGUUUCAGUGCAUGUGCUUGGGCUGAGUAUGAGAUAAACGGAGAAUGCUGCCCCAUGUGUGUGCCAGGAAACCGUGUUCUUUGGCAUUGCACUGAAUAUACCAGCACCACUUGUGUUCCAUGUCCUGAUUUAACUUACACAGAUGAACCCAACGGACUCACAGCAUGUUUUCCCUGCUCUGUGUGUGAAGCAGAACAAGGACUAAGAGUAAAGAGAAACUGCACACGCUCUACAGAUACUGUUUGUGAGCCACUGGAAGGAUUCUACUGCAUUGAGCAAAAUAAAGGCAGCUGUAGAUUCGCUGUCAAACACUCUGAAUGUCAUCCUGGACAAUAUAUCAAGCAAGCAGGAACAGCAUUUACUGAUACUGAUUGUGGUAACUGUGCAGAAGGCACUUACUCUAAUGGCACUUUCACUACCUGUCAACCACAUUCAAAAUGUGAGACUGAGGGUCUUCAAGAAAUAAAACCAGGAUCAAUGUCAUCUGAUACUGAAUGUGGGAAUUCAACAAGUGUUAAUGCUUUUUACGGUUUUUUUUAAAUUGCUUACACAAUUUCUGAAACUAUGGCUCCAUAUCUCGAAACUACACACAGAACCAUAUAACAUGCACACAACAUGCAAACCCAGGUGAAAAAACUUCUAAAAUAUACUUAAAGUGCUCUAUUUUCAUGCACUAAUUUUGUACUUAAUAUACUAAAAAUUCUUCUUU